CACAGCCAGACACUUGAACGUCUUGAACUUAUUCAUCAAGGCCUUGUCAAGUCAAGCAACUUUCUCUUCUUUGCACUUUUAACUUUAAUUUUGUGCAAAUGUCUGUAAAACUCUAUCAUUUUCCUAUCAGUGGACCUUCCCGUGGAGCUCUACUGGCAGCUAGAGCAGUAGGAGCCCCGGUGGAAGUUGAGAUUAUUAAUUUAUUCCAAAAAGAACAGUUAAAAGAAAGUUUUUUGAAAAUAAAUCCUCAACACUGUAUCCCCACGUUAGACGAUGAUGGUUUCAUUUUAUGGGAGAGUCGAGCCAUUGCAGGCUACUUGGUCGAUAAGUAUGGGAAGGAUGAUCACGUGUACCCAAAAGAUUUGAAAAAGCGCGCAUUGGUCAAUCAAAGGCUGUAUUUCGAUAGUUCUUCUUUGUAUGUCAAGAUUAGGGCAAUUUGUUUCCCAAUAUUGUUUCUUGGGGAGACAGAGAUAAAGAAGCCAUUGAAGGAUGAUCUGAAUGUCACUCUGGGUUUCCUAGAUCAGUUUCUGAAAGACAGUAAAUGGGUUGCUGGUGACCAACCUACUAUUGCAGACACAUCUAUCUAUGCUUCUGUGAGCAGUAUCCUGGCUGUUGGUUGGGACAUAUCUGGAUUCCCAUCCAUUGUAAGAUGGGUAGGUCAAUGUUCUUCAUUACCUGGUGCAGCAGAAAAUGACGAGGGAGCUAAAGCAUUCGGAGAUGCUGUGAAAAAGAAUCUGCAUUAAAAAACAUAUUUUUUUACAAAACAUGUAUAUUGUUACAAAUUUUAAUAUAUUAUUUUUAUACUUAUGUAAUA